AUGAGGACGUUCGCAGGCAAGGUCUACAAGGGGCGGAGGAAGCACACGGGGCAGACGGUGGCGCUCAAGUUCAUCUCCAAGCACGGCAAGAGCGCCAAGGACAUCAGGAACCUGCGGCAGGAAAUCGCCAUCCUGCGGACCCUCAACCACGAGAACAUCAUCCUCAUGUUCGACGCCUUCGAGACGGACCGCGAGUUCUGCGUCGUCACCGAGUACGCCCAGGGGGAGCUGUUCGAGAUCCUGCAGGACGACCACAUGCUUCCGGAGGCGCAAGUGCAAAAGAUCGCCAAGCAGCUGGUCCAGGCCCUCCACUACCUGCACUCGAACCGAGUCAUCCACCGGGACAUGAAGCCGCAGAACAUCCUGGUGGGAGCGCACGGGCGCGUCAAGCUCUGUGACUUCGGGUUCGCCAGGGCCAUGUCCUCCAACACAGUCGUCCUCACGAGCAUAAAGGGCACGCCCCUCUACAUGGCGCCCGAGCUGGUCAAGGAGCAGCCGUACGAUCUCACGGUCGACCUUUGGUCCCUCGGCGUCAUCCUCUACGAGCUCCUGGUUGGGCAGCCGCCGUUCUACACCAACUCCAUCUACUCCCUCAUCAACCACAUCGUCAAGGACCCGGUGCAGUACCCGGCCGACAUCUCGCCCGACCUGCGGUCGUUCCUGCAGGGCCUUCUUCGCAAGGACCCAAGGCAGCGGCUCUCCUGGCCCGAGCUCCUGCACCACCCGUUCGUGAGGGAGACCGAGGAGGACCGGCUGCGGCAUCGAAACGAAGACGCCCACUAUACCCUGGGCGGUGGGGUAGGGCCGCCGCGGUUCAGGCUCGAGCGCUUCUUGCAGGAGCAGCAGGCGCAGGAGCAGAUACAGGAGCAGCAGCAGCAGCAGGAAGCGCGGGAACAGCCGGUGCCUGCUUGCGUGUCUUCUCUUGCCGGUGACGAAGAAAAGGAGGCGGCAGAAAAUCGCCGGGGCUCGGUGCUGAACGGGGGUGGUGGACCGGGAAUUGUCGGAGCGGCUAGAGCAACCGCUCCGGGGGCCGCCGACAAUGGUAGUGGCGGCGGCGGCGGCGGCGGCGGCGGUGGUGAGACCCCAAGAGGGCAGAGAAGCCCGGCAGACGGGAGGGAAGCGCACCGCAUAGAGAAAAGCACGCGGUGCCAGAAGAUCUCACCGCUUGUGGAGAAGGGUGGUGGUAGAAGCAGCUGCAGUGACGGCAGCUACAGCAGGCGUAGCGAUAGAGGUGGCGGCGGCGGCGGCGGCGGCGAAGACGGGAACCACCACACGGCUUCUUUGUACGAAACCGGCCGGGUUGACGACGCGGAGGAGUUGCCCGGUGGCGGGAUCGACGACGUAGCGUCUCUCGGCGGAGCAGCGAACGGCACCCACGAGGGCGAUCAGCACUGUGGUGGAAGUCCUAGGUUGGGUUUGGGUCAGGAGGACGAUGAGCGUUCUCCGUCGAACGGUUUCCCAAGACGAGAGAAAAUGGGCAAGCGUCCAGACAACCGCAGUACGUGGUGGAGCGAACAGGAGGCGGCGGCGACAGCGGGGGGGGGACCGGCGGGCUGGGAAGGCCAAGCGGCGGCGCUGCGCGUGGGCAGCACCCGCGGCUUCUUCGCGGCGUUCACGGACGUCCUGUCCCGAUCGACCGGGUCCGGGGGGGAAACAACACGCGACGGCAGUAGCGGCAGCAGUGACGGAGACGGGGGCACGGCGGCGGCGGGAGACCCGUUGCCGGUCCUCCGCGUCGCGCUCCGCACGGCCGAGCGGGUCGCCUCGGCCGCGGUGUUGUCGCUGUCAUCAUCACCGGAGACGGAGCCCGGCGUUGCUGCCGGGUCAAGGUUGGAGGAGGACGACAGCCCCGCGGUUCUGCCGCAGGGAAGGCCGUCGGAGGAGACAACGACGACGGUCAGGGAUGCUUCCGCGGUGGUGGCGGAGCGCUUCCUGCACACUCUCCUUCCCUUGGUGGGCGUGUGCGACGCCCUGCUCGAGGGGGACGUUCGUGCAGCCGGGGGGCGGGGACGGCGGCGAGUAUGCGGUCGGCCGGAGGAGGAGGAGGAGGAGGUGGAGGAGGAGGAGGAGGCGUGCGCCCUGGCGGAGGCGGUGCGGCUACUCGGGGUCAUGGCGCGGAUGCCCUGGUGGGUGCAGGAGGGGAAGAUUGAGGACGGCGAUGGUGAUGAUCAUCGCGACCGUCGACGACAACGUCCGUGCGGCGCCGGCGCCGGCGAUGCCGUGGUCGCGAGAGCGCGUGACGGGGGUCACGGAGAGCGCGCUAGCGUGGUGGGCAUUAGCGAAAGGUGGACGACGCUCUCGACUCUGACCUCCCUGCUGCGUCCCGAAACCAGCCCGGCCUACCCAGGAACGCCUGAGCAGAAGCUGCAGCUCCAACGCGCAGCGAUAGACUUGCUCUCCACCGUCGUCUCACGGGCUGGUCCAGAGACGACCGGCAUGCUCCUGGCACACCGCCUGCCGGCAGUACUCUGCCGGUGUAUCCUGAGGCGGCAUCACUCCCCGUUGGCCGCGACUUGCAGCACGGGAGCACGAGGCGGUGUCGGCGACGUUGUUAUCGUCAGCCCUGCUGCGGCUGUCUCCAGCGGGCGGCGGCGGCGGCGGCGGCACCGGCAGUGGUUUCCCCUGGCCCCCCCCGCCGUGCGCGUGCUCUCGCUCCUCGUUCAGCCGACGGGACCACAGUGGUGUCCGAUUCGCCCAAUGCCCCUCAGGGAGGCGGCGGCGGCGGCGGCGGCUGCUGGCCAGCAGCAGCAGCAGCGAUUUCACCUGGCCUCAAGUCACCCUCCGUCACCAUCGCGUGCUGCUGCGGGUCUCAACGUUGGCAUGAAGGCCGCUGUCGAUCUCGCCUCCUCGGUGUGGCGGCAGACGGCGCAGCAGCUGCUGGAGGACACUUCGAGCGGCGGCAACGGAGGUGGCGCAGGCGAAGACACCGGCGGUGGUUCUCGUCAUAGCGAUGGUGAUCGCAACGCCAGCUUCGCGGCGGUAAAAGAGAAAGACGGUGGCGGCGGCGGCGGCGGCGGCGGUGGCGACCUUGAUUUUUUCGACGAGGAGGCUGGACCGGGCCGUGGGUUUCGAGACCGCCGGGGUCCCCCGACCACCAAUGCCGUCGCGGCGCUCUGCGGCAUCAUUUGCGACGUGGAGGAGGAGGACGAGGACGAGGACGAGGACGAAGACAAGACGCGCUGGGACUCGCCGGGUUCGACUGCGUAUUACCGGGACGAAACCGCCACCGCGGCCGCCGCCGCUGCCGCCGCUGCUCCGUUUUGCGGCCAGCACGUCGGUCGCGGGAGGUCGUCUGAGAAGGACGGCGGCGGCGGCGGCGGCGGACGGGGGGAUACGACGCGGUCGGCCGCGCUGCGGGUGCUUCUGCACGCCUGUCGGGCCUCGCCGGGCGUGGCGCGGGCCAUCGUUGCUUUCGACGGAGGGGCGGCCGUGCAGGCUCUGCUCGGUCGGCUUUGCUUACCUCCUUCCUCUCGGGCCGGCGCCAAUCUGCCGCGUAGCCAUUGCCCCGCGGAGGAGAUCGCCAGCGGCGGCCAAGCAGCGGCAGGAGCGAGUGAUACAAGCGGACACACCGCCGCCGUAGAUCGCUCUUCCCCUUCCGUCGGCACGGCUCUUCUCCUCCUCGAGGCUCUCGUGGGGCACGGGGUCCUCAGUGGGGAGCACGUCUUCGGCUGCGUGACAACGGCGGCGUUCUGCCUGUGCGAGUCUGUCCCCACGGACCUCCGCGUGUUGUCGGCCGGGGUGGCGGUCCUCGACACCGUCUUGUCGAGAAGGAGCCGAGACGGUGGUGGCCGUGGCGGUGGCGGCGCUGCCGACAACAAAGGCGGCGGCGGCGGCGGCGGCGGCGGCGGCGGCGGCGGCGGCGGCGGCGGCGGCGGCGGUGGUGACCGCCGCGGGAGCGCCGCCGCCGCCGCCGCUGCUUGCGGGCUCGAGAAGGCGGCGGCCGCGGGACUCAAGGCCGCGUCGUCCUCUCGAGUCCUCGCGGCGGUGGAAGCGAUCCUGCAGGGGGUCCGUGAGGGGCAGCAAGCAGGGGGCGUCGUGCGGACGACGCCAACGCGGCGGCCUGAUGACAUCUGUGAGGGUUGGUCUUCUUGCUCGCCGAGAUUCCCAGGGGGAGCAGCGGCGACGGCGGCCGGGGUUGCGCGGCUUGACGGGUGUUGGUUUGGGGCUCCGCUGCGGGGCUUGCUGGACGCCCCCGCCAGCCUGCUUGCGCACGUAGUAGCGGGGGAGACGACGGGGACGGCGGUGCCGGCGUCCGUCGCCGCGGCUCCGAAUCGUGCCGUCCGCAGCCCAUCGCGAAACCCAGCGGCGUCAACGGCGAGGCCUGUGGCAGGCUUGCCUCACAAGCGGCUGUGGCUGCGGCUGCGCGAGCAGCUGGAGCGCGGGGGCUCGGGAGAGCUGUCCCCCGCCGGCCUCGCCUGCGCGCUGCGCUACGCGGAAGGCGUCAUCGCCACCGCCCCGACCGUGGAGGAUGUCGGGGUGCUGUUGCUCGGGGCGGAAGGCGGGGGAGGGGAAGGCGGUCUCAUCGCCAUGGUGUGCGCAAGCGUUCUCGAACAACGGCACCUGCGAGCAGUUCGAGAGUGGCCGCCGCUUGGAGGCGCCGGUGGCGGUGGAAAGGUGGGUGUUGCUGCCGUCGUGACGGCAGCGGUGGGCGCGAUGCUAGCCCCGCUGGCCGCCGAUGGAAACCGCGAAGCUCUCUUGGGGGUGCAACAAGCGAUGCACGCUCACGGGUUGGUGACCGCUCUGCUCGGGGCGACAAGGGUGCUGAGCCUUGGCAGCACCACCGACAGCGGCCGUCAUGCACGCGAGGACGAGGAGGCGAGAGCGGCAGGUGGGGUGCGAAAAAACGAGGGUUGGGACGGCGGCGAGACCAGCGAGCGAGCCGCGUGGACAGACGACUGCAGCGGCGCCCAGACAGAGGCCGCCCUGUGCGCGUGCGUCGAGCUCCUGUCGCGCCUCGUUCUCCUCUCGCCGCACUUCAGCCAGCAGUUCCUCGAGGAAGGGGGGCUGGACGAGCUGGUUUCCGCCGGGUCCAUGCGGGAGGACGCCUCCGCCGGCCUCGCCACCGGGGCGCUCGUCAUCGCCAGCCAGCUGGCCCGCUCCUCCGCGGACAACUACGGGAGGCUCCGCGAUGCCGGCGUGGUGGCCAGCCUGGGGGGACUCCUCGCGCACGGGGACCCCGCGGUCCGCGCCAAGGCCUGCAACCUCGUGGGAAACCUCUGCCGGCACUCAGCAUUCUUCUACGCGGCUCUGCAGGAGGUGCGGUACGGCGGCAGCGGCGGCAGCAGACCCGACGACAACGACAUUGACGAGGGGGUGGGGGGCGGAGAAGAGCUCCGGCUGGACGGAGAGCUGAGCAUCGCGGACCACCUGGUGGGCCUCUGCGCCGACCGGGACCCGUCCGCGCGGAAGUUCGCGUGCUUCGCCGUCGGAAACGCGGCGUUCCACAGUGACGCCCUCUACGCCCGCCUCGCCCCGGCGGUGGCGCCGCUGGUCGCCGCCCUAGACGACCCGGAGGAGAAGACGCGGGCGAACGCCGCGGGGGCCCUGGGAAACCUUGUCCGCAACGGCGGGGCCCUCGGCGGGGACCUCGCGCGGAGGGGGGGCGUAGGGGCCCUCCUCAAUCUCGCCGCGCGGGACCCGUCCCCGUCGCCGAGGAGGAUAGCUCUCUUCUCCCUCGGCACGUGCUGCGCCUACGUCCCAUGCCGGGAGGCGCUGGCGCUGCUGCUGGACGGGGAGCAAGAGGUGCCGCCGCCGCCGCCGCCGCCGCCUCACGGCUCGGGGGGGCGACCGGGGUGGAACAUUCACGGUCGCGAUCAUGAAGCGAUGCCGUUGCCACCGGCGGCGGCGGCGGCGGCGGCCGCGAGAGGGAUGGUUUCGCCGGGGUCGGGGCUGGACCGGCGGCUGUCGGAGCUGGAACGAGCGACGACCGGGGUCGGAGAUGACGUCGCUCGGAGGUACGUAGCGAGGCUGAGGACGAAGCUCUCGGCGCCGCCGCAAGCUUGACAUGGGCGUAGCUGGACAUUGCUGAAGCGGAGGACUUCUCUGUGUACACACCGCUGCUGCUGCGACUGUUGUCGUCGUUCGGUGCGCUCAACCACUGGUGGUGCUUGUGUGAUGGUGGAAGCGCGACCGCGUUCCUCUGUUACAGGAGCUUCCGCUGAUUUUGUCUCACGCAUGACUUUUUUCUCCUUUUGCAAACUUGUUUUUUAUCACUUGUAGCAGAUGAGUUAGGCUUUCUCCUGUGGAAGGAGAAAAACCUGCCGGACGCUUUUGUUUGUGGGGGCGCAAGCCUGGUCGCACUUUCUUUUCGUCACCGGGUGCUUGCUUCGUCUUUCCUUCUUCCAUGAGUUCUACCGUGCCGUCACCGUGGGGCCCUUGUGGGAAGUUAGUUGUUGAGAGGUCGGGAGGGAGAUGAGCCAUUGACUGUGAUGUGCUCGACUCGUUUUUUUCGCGAUACCUCCGCUGUGAAGGAACCGUAGGCCAUCGGUGAUCGGUCCU